AAUUCUUUUUACACGGCCGUUUUAUCGCUUAUAGGCUACACUUCAGCAAAUCGCAUAGAAUAACCAAAUAAUGGAUCAUGUUACUUGCUACUAAUUAGGUAAAACAAUCACUGUAAUACAUGUCAAUAAAAAAACUUUGAAAGGAAAUGUACAACAAUGUAUAACGGAAGUUUUUGUCUGAAUUUUAUUUCAAAAAUAAUUUUUGUUUUACUUUGGGUUAAAAUUUCGGACUGACGCAAUAUUUUAAAAACAUCAGCCUUGUUAUCAGAUUCAUCUUGUGAACAUGUUGUCUUCUACAAGGUACAAACUAUUGUUGCCUGUUGUGUUUGUCCUGGCUGAGGUCACAUUUCUCGCUCUUGACCGUCACUCUAAACGGCACCCAACAAUAUCCAGUAUCAAGGAGAGUAAACCUGGAAACUGCAACAGUAUGCAACAGGAGAGAUUAAACAGAGUAAAUUAUAUAUGUUCAUAUUCUAAUUUCACCUUGCUUGAAAAGGGAAAUAACUUUUCUUUAGGAUUAAUAUAUGCGGAAAAAUACAAGUUGGCGUAUCUAAGUAUUCCUAAAAUCGGAUCCACUUUCUUGAAGAAGCUGUUCUACGUGCUGAAAUUUGGUUUUAGAAAUGCGCAUAAAAUAUUUGAUAGAAUGAGAGCGGAGGUGCAUGCCAUGAGCGGAGAACUAGUAGCACGAGUAAACAGCAGUGAACUGGACCACGUGAUUACCUUGGUCACAGCAAGAAACCCGUACACGAGGCUAUAUUCGGCUUACAUAGACAAAGUCUAUCUGCCAUUAUCACUGGGUCUUGGAAAAAGUAUCAUUCAUGAGAACCAUAUGAUGAUGUUAAGCAGAAAGGUCGGCAACUCUUCCUACACCGGUAAACAUGGUUUACAACAGAACAUGGAUGGUCUGAGGCAGCAGCUAGGAUGUACCAAAGAUAUUUCAUUUCAGGAUUUUCUUGAAUUCGCUCUAACUAAGCCGAUGAAAGGAAAAGCAAUGUUCGACCAUUAUGCACCUGUCUCUGUUUUACUGUCAAAAUAUAUUUGUAAAUUAAAACAUCUGCUUGUAAUUAAACAAGAAACUUUCGCUGAUGAUAUUGAAUAUGUUUUAAAACUCAUAAAUGUUGAGAAAAAUGUCUAUGAACUGUUCUACAACCACCUAUAUAAAGAUCGCGCUGAAUCGUCUAUCGCAAGUAUUGUCGAUACAACGUAUAGGCAAGUUCGAAUGCAAAGUGACAUAACGAGGAGACCUGACUGUUGGAACAUGCCUUUAGUUGCAGAGAGGCUCUGGAAGACAUUUCAGAUACAGGGAUAUAUAAAUGAUAUUUCCGAUUUUCCGGACUUUAAAUUUUCUGAAAAAUCGUACCAUGAUCCCGGAUAUUUGAUCAAGAUAAUACAAAACGAAGUACAAAAUAGACCUUUAUCACAUUAUCAAAUGGAAGAACAGAGAAAAAGAGCUUUUCAGAAGGCAUACUUGAAUGUCAGUAACUAUACACUCGGUAAAAUCCGCGAACUAUAUGCUACUGAUUUUGAAAUAUUUGGGUAUGAUGCUAUUAUUCAAUAAAGUCGAGUUAUUCACUACAGUUUAUACUUAAAUAAUAUUAGGUUAGUUGACAUUGUUCUGUACAAUAUAUAUGGACGAGUAUCAAUUCGACCAGUGGGUCAUAGUGGCUCUAAGUCGCUCAUCUGACCUUAACUAUUUUACCUUGAAUAUACAGAAGACGACUGAAUCAUGAAUGGAAAUAUCUGUGUUUAACAUACAAAAACAUAAAACAAAGGUCAAGUGAAAGGGACAACAGCCCCCAUUUAAAAAUGUAGAUAGAGAACCUUACGAUGUUGCAACAAACCAAGUUUGAUGAAGAUCCAUCAUGCGGUUCAUACGAAGAAGCCGUUUAAAGGUUUUUCUAUUUUUAGCUCUAGUGGCCCCUAAAGGGGGCUCAGUGCCCCUAUUUGAAAUACCCUUAAAUAAUUGCUGUUAUUCUACAGACUAAAUUUGAAGACAAUCCUUCAAGCCGUUCGUGAGGAGAGGUCGUAUUUCUGUUUAAGCUCUAGCAGCCUCUAAAAGAGGCCAUGUGCCAUGUUUGACCAUAAUUUAGAAUGGAUCUUAAAAUGAUGCUAAUAAACAUGAUUGAUGGAGAUUCAUCAUGAAAAGAAGUCGUGUAAAUGUAUUUUUAUUUUAGGCUCUAAUGUCACCUAAAAGGGCCCAAAUUUAAACAAAAUUGAGAGAGGACCUUAUAAUAUGGAUCUUAAUCAAACUUGGUUAAUAGCGUUAUUGUUAAGGUUGCCUUUCAAGUUUAUACAAAUGUGGACACUUGGCUCCUUUUAGGGGCCGUUAGUGCUAAAAAUAGAAAUACCUUUUACCGACAUCUCCUCAUGAAACACUUGAUGGGUCUUGGUCUGUAACAUCAUUGUAAGGUCCUCUCUCGAGUGUUUUCAAAGUGGGGACACUUAACCCGUUUUACUGUCAGCUAGAGAUAAGUAAAUGAUUGCUUCUCAUGAACCCCUUGGUGGAUCUUCAUCAAACUUGACCUGUAGCAUCAGUGGGCGAAUUGCCCUCAUUUGAAAUUUGAGAGGGAACUUUGCCUGAAUGCUACAGACCAAGUUUGUUGUAAUUCUGACCAGUAGUUUCAGAGGAGAUGUUUAAUUAAAAUAAUGACAACGGACGCAAGACGACGGACGACAGUAGACGGACGCCGAACCAUCCACCUAUACUUAUAGCCCAUUCCGAACCCUUGGUUCAGGCGAUCUAAUAGUAAAAGCAUGUUUGACAAGCCGAUAGGAAAGUCCCACAUGUUUUAGGGUGGUUAGGAGUCCAAAUAUAUCCCGUAUUGUAUAGGCCCAUGUUAACUAAUCUUUAUUCUGUUCUUAUAUAUCGUAUGUUAAAUAUAUGUAUUUUGUAACUCUCAAUAUUCUAAUUUUAAUAUUAGUAUUUAAUCUUUAAAAUAAGUAGUAAUGUAUAACGUUUAAGAUUAAGAAUUAUUUUAUUCAUUCUAAAUAUGGAUUCUAAAGUAAAGCGCCGUAGCCACACUGAGGCAAACCGAGGCAGUUGCCUCGUUUAAAAUUUGAGGAGCCAGAAAAAAAAGAGUAAAAAGUAGGCCUAUCACACUGAUGAAAAAUUCAGUUAUAAAAGUUCAAAAAAGUAUAGUACCGGUAAUAUCAUUAGAAAAUAUCAGAAUAUCAUUUGCCUUAUGGCAUCAUUGAGGCAAGGUGAGACAGAAAUCCUAGCAGUCAUAUUGAUAGCACCCCCCCCCCUCCCCACCCCAAAAAAAAACAAAACACACACACACAACCGCACCAAAGGCUACUAUUUCAUACCGAUAUUUCAAAAUUUUCCAGGGGGAGACCCCCUCACCCCACUAACAUGAGAGGGUUCCCCCUACAGUACCUCAAAAUUUAGACCAAACAAUGCACAAAUGCACCAUAGGCCACCAUUUCGUAUCUGUAAUUCAAAAUUUCCCAGGAAUAGAGCCCUAGGACCCCACUAAAUUGUCUCGGUUAAAAUUUGUGUCUGGGUACGAGCAGAAACAGUUUCUAAAAGAUUACAAUUAAUCAUUUAGUCUAAGAAGGACCUUUUCACUUAUUUUCUUUAUAAUAGCAGUGUUACAACCACAUUUGUAAUAAAAACCAGAUUUGUAAUAAUUAUUACAUUUCUCGUUUUUAUUACAAAAGUGGUUGCAAAGG